CGAAAAGUUCAUCAAUUUUCGAGCUGGCGUCCAACCACCAAAUCAGGAGCCCGGAGAAGCAAUGAUCUGAAGGAUAUACUGUAAAUCUUCUACUCUUGCUUAUACGCUUGUGAUACUCUCAGAGUUUGGUAGUGACGCAUCAUGGUCAAGUCAUAUAACAAGUACGAGCAGAGCGACGCUUUUGGCGUUGUUGCGACUGCUACCUCCAAUCUCGUCUGGGCUGCCGAAGUCACCGCACCUGGCUCCAAGUCCUCCGGAGCAGGACGUGCAUACGCCGCCGCAAACGAAGAAGUGCUUUGCUGGGAUGUAAAGAAGGGCGAGCUCUUGAGCAGAUGGCGCGAUGCCAGCUGCACUGAGGAGGUGACAGUCAUUUGCCGUAGUGAGAUCGACCCGGAUGUGUUCGCUGUGGGAUACGCAGAUGGAAGCAUACGAAUCUGGGACGCAAGGACGUCGACCGCCAUUAUCAGCUUCAACGGACAUAAGUCAGCCGUCACCACCCUAGCUUUUGACCAGAGUGGAGUGCGCCUUGCAAGUGGUGCCAAAGACACAGACAUCGUGAUAUGGGACCUCGUUUCGGAGACCGGUCUCUUCAAACUUCGAGGGCACAAGGGCCAGAUCACCGGCCUGAAAUUCCUCCAUCCCGGAAAAGCACCGCAGGAAGAUGGAGAAGCGGUGGAAAUGGAUACCGACCAGGCUUUUCUACUCUCCACGAGCAAGGACGCCUUGAUCAAGAUCUGGGACAUCAGCACACAGCAUUGUAUCGAAACACACAUUGCGCAGACGAACGGGGAGUGCUGGGCGCUUGGAGUAUCACCGGACGGCAGUGGAUGCAUUACUGCAGGAAAUGAUGGCGAAUUGAAGGUCUGGGCUAUUGAUCUGCCGGGGCUGCGACAAGCUGGAGCUGCUGUUGGCGAAGCUACAGAACAGCGCUACCUCACAGCAAGAGGCAUCUUAUACCGAUCUGGAAAGGAUCGAACACAGGGCAUCUAUUUCCACCCCAAGUCCAACUACAUUGCGGUACACGGCGCAGAGAAAGCCGUCGAAAUCUGGCGGAUACGCACAGAAGAGGAAGUGAAGAAAAGUCUAGCCAGGAAGAGGAGAAGAAGACGUGAGAAGGGAAAGAAUGAGACAAACAGCGAGGCACAAGAGGAAGAGGCGGAAGAUAAGAUCAACGUAGCAGACGCUGAAAUUGGUGAUGUAAUCACCUCGUACGUUACAGUGCGCACGGCAGGAAAGGCCAGGUCCGUUGCAUGGAUGAAGACUAGGGGAUCGAAGAAGAUGCAGCUCUUGAUCGGCACUAACAACAACCUUAUCGACGUAUACGAUAUCCCUACGAAGAGCAAGUCGAAGACCGACGAGGUACCAGACUAUACCCGCACACUGUCUGUUGAGCUGGCAGGACACAGGAACGACGUGCGUGCACUGGCUCUCAGCUCAGACGACCGCAUGUUGGCAUCAGCUUCGAGCGGUGGCCUCAAAAUCUGGAACAUCAAGACACAGAACUGCUUGCGAACGCUGGAGUGUGGCUACGCGCUUUGCUGCGCGUUCUUGCCCGGUGACAAGAUCGUAGUCGUUGGUACGAAAGAAGGUCAUCUUGAGCUUUACGACAUUGCAGCUUCGUCACUACUUGACAAGAUCGAGGCCCACGAGGGCGCUGUCUGGACCCUACAAGUCCAUCCUGGCGGGAAGUCACUCAUCACAGGAAGUGCAGACAAGUCGGUCAAGUUCUGGAACUUCGAGAUUGCGCAGGAAGAGAUUCCCGGUACAAAGCGCACACUGCCUCGACUCAAGCUUGUACAGUCACGGAUAUUGAAGCUUAACGAUGACGUUCUGAGUCUGCAGUUUUCGCCUGACUCCAGAUUGUUGGCCGUCGCAACCCUCGAUAACACUGUCAAGGUCUUCUUCGUCGACUCACUCAAGCUCUUCCUCAACUUGUACGGUCACAAAUUGCCAGUCCUCAACAUAUCGAUAUCCAGCGACAGCAAGCUGAUCGCGACAUGUUCCGCCGACAAGAACGUUCGAAUUUGGGGUCUCGACUUCGGUGACUGUCACAAAGCGCUCUUCGGCCACGAAGAUAGCAUCAUGCAAAUAUCUUUUAUCCCACACCCCGUGGAUGGCGACGAGAAGCACAUCUUUUUCAGCGCAAGUAAAGACAAGACAAUCAAGAGCUGGGAUGGCGACAAGUUCCAGCAGAUACAGAAGUUCCGCGGUCACCACGGCGAAAUUUGGGCUAUGACAUUGGCUCGCACCGGCGACUUCAUCGUUACUGCCUCUCAUGACAAGAGCAUCCGCAUCUGGUCCAAGUCUGACGAGCCCAUAUUCCUCGAGGAAGAGCGUGAGCGCGAACUUGAGGAGCUCUACGAAAACACGCUUGCCCACUCUCUCGAAGACGAGGAAAAUCCCAACGGCGAACGCGCAGAAGCAGUCGAUGCCUCGAAGCAGACUAUCAGCUCUCUCACAGCCGGAGAACGUAUCCAAGAAGCGCUCGAUCUUGGCAUCGCAGACUUGGAAGUUGUUCGCGAGUGGGAGGUGCAGAGACGGGCAAACCCCAAGAUUGCGCCACCACAACGCAAUGUCAUAUUCAUGGCGCUAGGCAACAUCUCAGCGGAGCGCCACGUCCUGAACACCAUGGCAAAGAUUCCCGCCGCACAGCUUCAGGACGCACUGCUUGUCCUGCCGUUCGCGUCCCUACCUGCGCUCUUCACGUUCCUCAGUAUUUGGGUGCAGAAGCAGUGGAACGUAACACUCACUUGCCGUGUGCUAUUCUUUAUGCUUAAGACACAUCAAAAGCAGAUCGUCGCCUCGAGGGAGCUGAAGACAAUGCUCGAGGACAUGAGAAGUGAGCUGAGGAGAAGUCUUAGCGGUAACAAGGAUCUGAUCGGAUUCAACGUUGCAGCGCUAAGGUUCGUGGGCGAGAGGGUAGACGAGCAGAAGAUUGUCAGGCUGGAAGACGUGGAGAGGAUCGAAGAAGAGGGCUACCAGAGGAAGAAGAGAGGGUUUGUGGAUGUUGCGUAAAAUUUUCGAUUUCCAAUGCAUUGAAAGGCGUCAUAGCUGGUUGGUCAUGUAUAGGUACCAUGGCCUUGCGCUGUCUUUGAAAUCCAAGGCUUCUCAAAGCGCAAUGAUACGUGCUUUCCCAGUACACGAUUCAACUUCGCGCGAUGCGCUCAUCUUCGGCAGGCCAAACGUGCGCUCGGAUCGAAGCGUUAGUACGGCAGUGACUCGCUAAUUACGCGGUGAAAGUGAAAUACCGUGAACGGGCUACAUUGUUGUCCAUUAACAGAGAGUAAGAUAUACAGACACUGUAGCCAAC